GAAAACAAUGAGUUACUUUUCUUCUCCAGUACCAGAUGAUGUGAAGCAGAAACUUGACCAGACACAAGAGGAACUGGACUUAGUGGAGAAAGCAAUAAGUUACUUCUCUUCUCCAGUACCAGAUGAUGUAUAUGUACAGGUGCAGCAGCAGCAGCAGCAGCCUCUCUCUUAUGUGCCAAUCAAUUUCAGAUAUGGUGUUGAUUGUGGCGAUAACUUCUGCCCUGGGUCAACUAGUACUCUCCAUUAUACAUAUACUCCUCCAGUGAUACCAGUGGCUCAUUUUCAUCAUAACUCCUCUUUUCUACCCGCAUUGGAUGAUUAUGAGAUUAUGUUCGACAAUUCAAGCCAGGCUGUAGGUGGCUACUAUAUUGCUGCAGAUCCUAAAUCCUCUGUCAUGGGUCCGUCGCAGCUGUAUUAUCAGUAUCAUCAGCAGCCGCAGCAGCAACAGCAGCAGCUCAAUGAAUUCUAAAAUUAAAGGCAGAUAUAACAGGAGUGUAUCAUAUAUAUAUGUGAUGGAUGUUCUCACUGGAACAGUGUAAUAGAAGUUUUAGUUUUUAGCGGCUAACUUUUCAAGUACAUAUGCUUCACCUGACAAUUAAAACUAGGUUGUUUAUAAGACAACUCCUUAGUUUCAUAUUUUUAUUAUUUGUCCAAUUUUGACAUUUUGAAUGUAACUGAUUUGAAGCAUGAAUAAUAGAUGAUUGAGUUGUCCCACAUUGUCAAAUAAUCGAACGAGCUAUAAAGCUUUCUUGAA